AUGACAGCUAGCAAAGCUUUAGAAGAACGAAUAAAGAGCCACUCAGACGCCUUCCAGGGUCUCUUGUCGCUACUGCCCACUGAAAAACGUGUUCAUAAGGAAAAGAAGAAGUUUAAGAAGGGAAAGAAAGAUUCAGGAGAUGCAGAGAAGAAUGGAGAUAACGAUCAGUCCACUGAGAAUACUGAAAAUGACAAGGCAGAAGAGACUACACUUACUGAAGAGCUAGAUGAGACCACGACUGGCCCUAUUUUAGGAAAAAAGGCUAAAAAGCUGCUAAAGAAGCAGCAGCGUCAAGCCAAGCUGCGGUCUAAGCUUGGUCAGCCUGAAGAGAAGAAAGAAUCAAAAGAGGAAGAAGUAGAAGAAGGAGAAGACGAAGAAAAUGAUGAAGAAAAUGAUGAAGACAAUUCUUCCAAAUCAGCCAAGGAGACUGUUGAAGAAAAGAAAGUUGAGGUCAACAUUAUUUUUGACGAUGAAGGAAACGCCAUUGGAACAAUCGAUGUUUCGGAUAAUGAAGAGCAGCCAGAAGACAACGAAGAAGACGUCACUAAAAAUAUGAAUGAAGACUCUGAAUCUGCGGAACAAGAAGAUGAAGACCAAGAAGAACUAGAACAAACUAAGAAAGAGCAACAAACACCUAAAAAGAAACAACCUGACUCUAAAACUCCUACCCUAAACAAGACAGCACAAGAAUCUGCCAGCAAGAAUCAAGAAGAAUCUAAAGAUACCACUACCACUACCACCACUACUACGAAACACAAGGCUAAUCCCGAGAAACUAGAGGAGCUGCGGUCUAAACUCGCAACACGCAUUAAAGAGUUUAAAGAAAAACGUCACGCCCCAGGAACUGUUACUAACGGUUCAGUGCGCACUCGUGAGGCAAUUCUGAGUGCGCGCAGACUUAAGGAGGAAAAGGAAAAGCAGCUGAAACGUAAGAGAUCAGAGGAGGAAGAGGAAGAGGAUGAUGACGAUGAAGAAAAUGAAGAAGAGGAAGAGGAAGAAAAUGAUGUUGAUGACUCCAAGCUCAUGUUUUCUUCUGUGGAGUUUGCUGAUGGCUCCAAACCCACAGCCGAUCUCAAAGAGAUGCGCCAUGGCAAGUCUAAGAAGGGCCCACGAGACAUUUUAGGCCAGCUUAAGCAUAUUCAAGCACGAAACGCAAAACUUGCAAAGAUGGGCGGUGACAAGAAGGCUGAAAUGGAGGCCAAGAAUAUGUGGAGCAAGGCAAUUGCUCAAUCUGAGGGUGUCAAAAUCAAGGACGAUGUCAAGAAGCUCAAGGCAAGUUUGAAGAAGCACACCAACAAGAAGCUCAAGACGGAGCGUGACUGGAACCAACGAAAGGAGACGACACAACGUGAUAAGGAAAAGCGGAUUGAAAAGCGCAACGAGCACAUUGCACUUAAGAUUGAACGCAGCAAGCUACAUGGCAAGAAGGCUAAGAAGCGUGCUGGGUUUGAGGGUGGCAUUGCUAAAGCGCGGGUUCGUGCAAUUAAGAAGAACAAUAAUGGCAAGAAAUGA